ACGCAACCCAUGCAUGGCAUUUUUCAGCCAACAAAGAAAAUUAGCCGCCACACAUUAUCCUUCUUGUUCUUUUUCCUCCUCCACCGCUGAAACGUAGACCCUCGCCGAGUAUCCCUACACAAGGAAAAAAAAACCCUUGUCUCAUUGGCAGCAUUUUACCAACCCCCCUUUCCCACAAAAAGGAUUCCAGCCAGCCAGCCAGCAUGGGCAGCGUCACCGACACACCGCCUCUGCCGUACUGGCAGGUCAACGUCCCGCCGGCGGAGCGGGAGGCCGAGUGCCCAGAGUUCCUGCGCAGCCUGAGCGCCAAGGACGAGGGCAUCAUCGGCACGCCCGACGCCGAGUACCGCGUGGCCUCGUGGCACGAGGUCCAGCAGAUCAUCGCGGACAACCGGCUCGACGCGUUCCGCCGCGUGCCCUCCCAGCUGCGCCGGUACCUCGAGUACAACUGGAAGCUCCGGAGGGACCAUGGCAGCGUCAUGAAGUUUGUCUUGUCGGAGCGGCUGGGCUGGGACGUCGUCGCCUUGCCAUCAUCCUCUUUGCCGAACGGUGAUUACCACACCGCGGGAAAGGCGGAGCAGAACGCCGCCCGAGAGCCCUUUGCAAACGAUGAUGACAUCAAGAUACUCUGGAACGACUGGCCGUACGGCAUUGAUCCCAAGAUCGUGCACCUGGUCGUGUGGACCAAGUUUGACCUCGAGGAGGACCCUGUCACGACCGAUCUGACGGACCGCGCGAGGCGGCAGAUUGACGACUAUGUCGCCGACAAGUUUGGUCGGCAUGUGGCCCGGGAUCGUGUAAGUCAUUUUCCUGCCUCGCAGACUUGGGAUGCUUCCUCUCAUCGAUAGACCUCGGGAUACCUGUUGUCUCGUUCCCGUCUGGACAAAAAAAGAGAAAUGCUGAUUAGAGUUGAAUUUGGACAGUACAUAUGGUUCAAGAAUUGGCG